GCAGGGUAGACGAACAUGUUUGAGGAUCGUGGGUAAGGAAGUGGAUGAAGACACCGAGGAGAGAUGUGUGAUGGGGCGGGGUGGGAUCGCCCCGGAGGAACUGGCUUUGGUAGUGGGAAUGAAGAAGAGGAAUCCCCAUCCACCCCCGCAGGAAACGCUCCAGUGAUUGGAGGUGUGUGUGGCUGCGUGUGUGCCUGUGUCUGUGUGUGAGGAGGGGGUAGUUCCGACUCCCGCAGACAUCACCACGCAUGACGAAGCUACUUCCCCUCACGCGGUCCAAGGCGCACACGCGCCAUCCACAGCCACGCCCGCACACACUAGACACACACACGGCGUCCGAGGGUCCGGUUGCCAUGGCGAACAGGAGCGCGUGAGCCCAGGCGCCCCUCCCGCCCCCGGCCAAGCCCGGUCAACUGCAGCUCUGAUUGGUCGCUGCUUCCUCAUUAUGCAAAUCAUUUGCGUAGACUCCGCGGCCAGCUGCCUGACGUCACCAAGCACGGGGGCUGGGGCUCGGGGCUCGGCUCCGGGAGAGCUCGGGCGGGAGCCCGGAUAGCGCCGCGCGGGGACCUCAACCCAGACCCCAGCGUCCCGCCGCCGCGGUCCGGUCCUGCCCCGCCCCCGGCCCCGCCCCUUUCCAGCCUGCCCCACCCCCUCUACGCCCCUCCACCCGGGCCCCGCCCCCUGUGCAGCCCCCCGCCCUCGCCGCCUGGACCCCGCCCCCUCCCCCCUGGCCCUCGCCACUGGUCCAGGGAGGGGACGGCGGGACAGACGGGACUGGUGGGACCGGCGGGAGGGCGGACCGGGCGGGGAUAUGGCCGCGGCGCCCGGAGGGUCUGCGCCGCCCGCCGGCCCCGGCCCGCGCCUGGGUUUCAGCACCGCGGACAGCGGCGUCGGCAUGAGCGGGCUAAACCCCGGUCCUGCCGUGCCCAUGAAGGACCACGACGCCAUCAAGCUCUUCGUGGGGCAGAUCCCGCGGGGCUUGGACGAGCAGGAUCUCAAGCCGCUGUUCGAGGAAUUCGGCCGCAUCUACGAGCUGACGGUGCUGAAGGACCGGCUCACCGGCCUCCACAAAGGCUGUGCCUUCCUCACCUACUGCGCCCGGGACUCUGCUCUCAAGGCCCAGAGUGCACUGCACGAGCAGAAGACCCUGCCAGGGAUGAAUCGUCCGAUCCAAGUGAAGCCGGCUGCCAGUGAGGGUCGAGGAGAGGACCGAAAGCUGUUUGUGGGAAUGCUGGGGAAGCAGCAGGGUGAGGAGGACGUCAGGCGCCUGUUCCAGCCCUUUGGCCAUAUCGAGGAGUGCACCGUCUUGCGGAGCCCUGAUGGUACCAGUAAAGGCUGUGCCUUUGUGAAGUUCGGGAGUCAGGGGGAAGCUCAGGCAGCUAUCCAGAGUCUGCAUGGCAGCCGGACCAUGGCGGGAGCCUCGUCCAGCCUCGUGGUCAAGCUGGCGGACACGGACAGGGAGCGCGCGCUGCGGCGGAUGCAGCAGAUGGCGGGCCAGCUGGGUGCCUUCCACCCGGCACCGCUGCCUCUGGGGGCGUGUGGAGCCUACACCACCGCGAUCCUGCAGCACCAGGCGGCCCUGCUGGCGGCGGCACAGGGCCCGGGCCUAGGCCCCGUGGCCGCAGUGGCGGCCCAGAUGCAGCACGUGGCGGCCUUCAGCCUGGUAGCCGCGCCGCUGUUGCCCGCGGCAGCAGCCAGUUCCCCGCCGGGCGGCGGCCCUGGCUCGCUUCCCGGUCUGCCAGCACCCAUCGGGGUUAAUGGAUUCGGCCCCCUGACUCCCCAGACCAACGGGCAGCCGGGCUCUGACACUCUCUACAAUAACGGGCUCUCCCCUUACCCAGCCCAGAGCCCCGGUGUGGCUGACCCCCUGCAGCAGGCCUACGCUGGGAUGCACCACUACGCAGCAGCCUAUCCAUCGGCUUAUGCCCCAGUGAGCACAGCUUUUCCCCAGCAGUCUUCAGCCCUGCCCCAGCAGCAAAGAGAAGGCCCCGAAGGCUGUAACCUCUUCAUCUAUCACCUGCCUCAGGAGUUUGGUGAUGCAGAACUCAUACAAACAUUCCUGCCCUUUGGAGCUGUUGUCUCUGCCAAAGUCUUUGUGGACCGAGCCACCAACCAGAGCAAAUGUUUCGGGUUUGUUAGCUUUGACAAUCCAACCAGUGCCCAGACAGCUAUUCAGGCCAUGAAUGGCUUUCAAAUUGGCAUGAAGAGGCUCAAAGUCCAGCUAAAGAGGCCCAAGGAUGCCAAUCGGCCUUACUGAUCUUCUCUCACUGACCAGCCACAGAAAGAAACUGAAGAGUGAGAAGAAAGGAAAGGAAAAGCACAGAAAUGCUUGAGCAGCCCUUCCCGAAGGAGCAGCCAUGGAUGGAGGUGGAUCGGACCCAAGGCUGGCGCCUGGGGCUCAGGCCACGUUAAGGAUUGUUUUCAUCAAGUGGGUUGUCCUGUGCCUGUGGCAUAGAGCGCAGGCUGGCAAGGCAGCUGGGGCUGGCUGAGGAUUGACUGUCUAGGGGAACCAGCAGAGGGCCUUGGGGGUGCCAAGGGCUUCUCCGCAAGGGAAGCCCAGAUUUACUUCUUUCAAAAUCAUAUCAUUCCUUAGAGUUUAGGGACCAAAGGACUAUUGCUUUUUUUUAAAGAAUAUAUAUAUCUAUAUAAAUUAAAACAAAGAAACAAAAAAAAAAAAAACAAAAACAAAAACAAAAGAAAAGAAAAAAAACACAAGAGAAACAAAAAGACAGUAUAGAGUCUCAUACAAGCUGCCUUUAAAUAUCCCUAGGAGACAGGGUGAAGGAGACCCUUGAAAGCCUCAGCCCAGGCAGAGGGAGGCUGUGGAAAGAUUGUUCUGUGUCUCAUUCCCUCUUAAAUUGCCCCCCCCCCCACCUUGCCUUUUUAAAAUAAUCAAGGACUUAAGGUCUAGCUCCCAUGCAGGUAACAAAAAGAGUUAUAGAAGCAGGGAACCCAUAAUCCCCAAACUCAGAGAGCAUCUCUGAAGAGCUCCAGGAGGAGCUCUGGCCUGUCCUGGCCUUUGCCACCCUGAGAGGCCCUCUAGCCAGCAGGAGCGUCCUUCUUGACGGCCUUUCCUGUGGAACCACUGCUUCCCCAGACAGGAAGAGAGGGAGUUUUAACCACCCCAGCCUUUCCCUUCCCCAUCCAGAUAGACAGAGGCCCUGCCUUUGGCUGAGCCGAGACACCUCCUGUUUCCCCUCACCUUAAGUCAGCCCCAGUGUCCCCUUGUUCCAGGCCACCUUCUGUCUCCAAGUCUAUGUUUGCCCACCUGUAAAGUAGAUUCAGGAUAUAUGUAGAGGGCUGUGACAACAGACUUGGAAGGUUUGCUACUGUAUAUACUGCCAUUGAGAAGGGGAUAAUUUUCAAUAUGUAGAAGCUUCAGAAUUUAGAGGUCCCUCUUUACCCAGGACCUGGGAGGGAAGUAGAUGUUUUGCCAAAAUACUUCUUCAUUCCUUUAAAAAGUACAUCUUUCCUAUGCAAGAGUGUCUCACAUGUGCUUAUCCAAGGUGCUUCUAGAUGGUGAGCAGUGUUCAGCUUAGAAGUGGUGUGUGCUCUGUCUGUCUGUCUUUGUCUAUCUGUUGUAUUCAGUGGGUGCCAUAUAAAGCUGAUCAACGGUG